CCUUACUUGAAAAGCUCCGCUCUGUCACUGAAUCAUCGCAUUUAAUUCCUUUGCUGUCCUCUGUACCAAAAUCACGAUUCUCAUAUGAAGCCCGUUUUCAAUUAUAAACUCAGUAAUGCACCUCUUUCUUCUUCAUCGUCUCAGGACCGAACCCGGCCUCCCUUGCGCAUAGCCGAUAUCUUACUCGCCGGUGACGACGAUGAUUUAGAUGAGAAUUCUUUGAUGGAUGGGUCUAGCGAGAUCCUCAGAAGCAUAACCUGCUACUCGCCCCGCCGGAUCGUUGCUCGGUGGCUCUCGAGUCUGAGGCGGGCUAGGGUGAAGAGAAUCGCGGAGGAAAGUGUGAAAAGAGAGAAAGAGAGCAAGAGAGAGGAAGAAGAGAAAGGAUUGGGUGAUGUGACUGUGCAGGCAAGAUGUUCGAUGAAUGGAUUUAAUGGCGGAGGUUUGGAGAGUCCGGCAACCGAUAGUGGACAGAGUAGGAUCGAUGCUUCUUUCAAUAUGGGAGUUGGGUGUUGUCUUUUAUAUCUAGUUGCAGCAAGUAAAACCGAACUUCAUAGAAUGAUUGAGAUGCGAAUGCAAAUGGAGAACCUUCUUCAAAAUACCAGAGAGGAAUUGCUUAAGCAAAACGAGCUAUUUAAGCAGUCCGAACCCAACGAUGUAUUCGCCUAUUUAGACACAGAUGCCGGAGAAGGUGGAGAUUGUGAAACUCAAAUUUUGGCCGAGUCUUCGACGUUUACAGUUUGUGAUCAGUCUUUGAAGUGGGAAACACCUGAAAAAGAAGAGUGUCUAGAACAAGGAAGGAAUCGGCUUGAGGCAGAACUUGAAGUAGAGCUACAACGUUUACAGCUUCGUUUGGAUACGGAGAAGUUGAUGAAAGAUACAGAGCAACUGAGGAUAAAGGAAUGGGAGCGAGCCAGUGAUGAACACACUGCUUCCUCAAAAAGUCAGGCCAUGAGUUCUGGAGAAGUAAUUGAUCCUCAACUUCAAGACUCAAGCACUGACUGUGGAGUUCCUCCAAAUGAAUUGGAAAGAAGGUUGCAUGAAUUAUUGGAAGAAAGACAGCAAGAAGAAAUAAGAGAGCUAGAAGCUGCUUUAGAAUGCCUCAAGCAGGAGCUUUAUGAGAAAGAAAUGGAGGUUUCAUGGUGGAAAGACACGGCAAUGCUAAUUUCACACCAUGCUAUGGAACCUUCACAGUCCACUUCUCUAGGUGAGCUUCAAAUGUAUGACAGUUUUUCAGAGUGAGAUGUUGAUUAUAUCAUGUAUUUAUAACUGUAAAUGGUGUUUUCUGAUGAAAUGAUUUGCCUUUAGAUUGUUAAUUUAUCUGAUGCAUACACAAUGGGAAAUGAGAAAGUUAAUUGGCAAAUUGAUGAAAAAAAAGUGUAACAUGAUUGCCAUUUGAAGUGCAAACUCUUCUCGAGUGACAAUUGUUUGGGUGAUUAUUGUGCAUGUACAAUUAUUUCCCCAUUUGUCAUCAUCAAUUUAUGUUUUUGAGUGAACC